AUGCGUGGUUUAGCAUGGGAAAUCGAGCAAAAAGCUGAAGAAUUAAAAGUCGAGUUAGCUGAGAUGAGAUUGCGAAAGCGGGCAAGUCACGUUGUAGAGAAAGAGAACAAUGAGAGUGACGUUAAUGAGGCAGAACUGAAUUUAUCAUCAGGAGAGAUUAAUGAAGUCAAUGGUAAUAAUUCUGGGGAGGUUAAACUUAACAACAGUGAAAGGAAUUCGCAGGUAUUAUCGCAUGAAAUAGUUGAAGACGGAGAGCUUAAUACGAAUUGUGAUCGGGCCCAUGAGGGGACUGUCAAUGGAAAACAAUUGUUUGUUAGUAAGAAUGUUGUUAACCUUUCUAGUAGGGAGUUAACGCAUGACGAGAUUGAACUGCUACCUAAGGGGUCAAAUUUCUGCCCUACACCUAAGAGUAUUGACAAGUUUCA